CAACAUCAAACGGCCUCAUCCCAAUCGACACUCCCCAUCCCAGAGUCUUCCUAAAAAUUCCUUUGAUGUCAUCCAUGUUAUCCGAAGAGCCACUAAGGGGAAAGCCAUCUGCGGCGACCAUGGCGCCUGAAUGGUCUCUCAGAAGAAAACCAGUUGCAGACCUCCUACUCUGUCUUAAAUUGCCCAACUUAGCUUCAGCUUCCCAUUUGAGGGCUUUAUCCAUUUCCAAGCUCUUGGCUUGCCUCGACCAAAAUUUUCAGCGAACUGUCAAAGAAGUUCCAAAUUGUGCUAGCUACAGUACACGUUAGAAGGACAUGGUCCUGGGAGCCGUCAGCUGACUUACAGAGUGGGCACCAAGAGGGGUAGUUUACCCCAAAUCGCCCUAGUUGCUCCGGGAAGGGUAGCCCCUUGUGCCACAAUCUCCAGAGAAAAACUUUUAUUUUAGGCACAUGUUUGGGAUGCCAUAUGCUUGUAUAAGUUAAAGUAGACCCCCCUGCAUUAGUGCUUUGUAUGCUGAUUCUGUAGUGAAAAGCCCCUCCUUUGUAUGCUUCCAUGUGAUAGAGGAGGGGCCUCUAUCCACCAUAUCCUCUGCCACCUCAUGGAUCUGGCAGAUUCUCCCCAAAGUUGGGGAGUCCAAAGGCUUAGCCUCCCCCAAAGUCCUCUUCCCAUACUUAUUCCUCAUAAGACCAGCCCAAAUGGAAUCCCCGUGUUGGUAUUCCCACCAUAGUUUAAUAGCAGCAAUUGUUUGAGACCGAGAGAGAGACCUCAAACCUAGCCCCUCUGACUCAGUAGGCCUACACAUCCUCUUUAAAGAGACCCAAUGAUGUUUAGGCCUAUUCUCCUUGAAUCCCCAAAAGAAAUUAGAGAUUUUCUUGUUAAUAAUACGCAUAACUGCUGCUGGUAUACCUGUGACUGCUAGCACAUGUAGAGGGAUUGAACUAAGAACAUGUUUAAUCAGUGUAAGAUUCCCACCUUGGGAAAGCAGCCUCUAACCCCAGGCCAAAGCUUACUAUCAAAACUCUGAAUCAGUUCCUUACAAUGACUCAAACGAGUAAUGCCUUUAUGUAUCUCGACCCCCAGAUACUUAAAAGGAAAAUUAAUGUUCUUCAUCCCCAGUUCAUUAUUAAUGUGAGCAAUUUGACCCGCUGAAGUGUGUUUACCCGCCACAAAGCAACUUUUGUCCUUGUUUA